AUGCCGCCGAAGACGAACCGCGGCGCCGCGCCGCGGGACGAUCCGCGCGUCGCGACCGGGAGCUCCGCGUCCGGGACGGAGACGAUGGACGACAGAGCGCGCGAGGCUGUCAUGGCGCUGCGGUCGGAUUGGAGAUUCUUCGCCGUGCACGCCUUCUGCCACGCGUUCGCGGCGGUCCUCCGCCUCCCCGCGUUCACGUGCGAAGACCUCGAGCGCUCGCUCCUCGAUCCCACCGAGGGCGAGCUGUUGUGCGUCGAGGUGUGCCUCCGCCUGAUCGAAGACCCGCCGCGGUACGGCCACGCGAGCGGCCGCGAGCGGCGACUGGCGGUGAACGACUGGGAGAGCCGACUCCUCGAGCACGCGCGCGUCGUCGCGGACGACAGCGACGUGUUCGACGAGGACUACCCCGCGCUCGGAGACGGCGCGAACGCGCACCCGCUCGCGACCGGGGACACGUUCUUCGACCUCUCGCCGACCGCGAGGCUGGCGCUGCUGCACGCGUUCUGCGAGCAUCGCUUGGAGUCCGAGGACGACCCCGCGUGCAACGAGGAGGCCAAGGCGCAAGCGGACGCGCACGCGGACCGCGCCAACGAGGAGACGCAUCCGGGGUGCCACGGCGAGCAGAUCGGCGCGGACGGCGACGGGCGGACGUACCACGUCACCGGGGACGAUUUGCGGGUGUAUCGAUGGGAGAAGUCGAAGGGGCGCGCGCACCCGGCGUGGUCCACGGCGUGCACGACGACGAGCGAAGCGCUGGCGUUGGCGAACGCGUUCGCGGAGAGCAAAUCUCCGAAAGAGAGAGCGCUGGGGACGUACCUGCUCGAGACGCACCUGCCGGCGCAUCUCGCGGAGGAGGAGAAGCGCGCGAGCCGCGAAAAGUCGAGAGAGGCGAAGGAGGCGGCUGCGCGCGCGCGAGAGAGAGAACGCGCGGAGUACGACGAGCGCGCGAAGAAACGCAGCGGGCGGAUCGCGGUGAAGCAAGCCGAGGAGGAAGAGAGACGGCGACGCAGAGAGGCGGAGCUCGAGGCCGCGGCCGCGAUCGCGGCCGCGGCUCGCGAGAAGAGGGAGGCGACGCAGCUCGAGCGCUGGCGGUGGAUGCUUCUCCCGCCUCGUCUGCGAUCGAAAGACGUCCCGCAGGGCAUGGACCCUCGCGGCUCCGACGCGCGCGUGCGUCUUCUCGCGCGAGAGAGCGCGGAUGAGAGGGCGGCGCGAGAGAAGAUCGAGACCCCGCGAGGGGAAGACGCGAUCGGGAGGUACGUCCUGACGUACUGGGACGACGACGAGACGUGGUACGUCGCGCGCGUGGAGUCCUACGACGCCGCCGCGGACGCGCACGCGUUGCGGUACGUCUUGGACGACGAACUCGAGGCGGGCGCGUCGUUGUACGAAAACGCGCGCGCGCCGGGGGACGGAGACGACGGGACGCGGGCGUUACGUCGCGGGAUGGUGUUCACGCCCGUCGACUGGGACCCGAGCUCCGCGAUUGACUGGAACCCGAGCCCGGAGCUCCCCGGGUUGGAGCGCCGGGGCGUGAGGUUGGAGUCGCGGAAGCACCCGACGCACGCGUACGAGUGGUCGUCCCCGGAGGCGUCGCGGCGGGCCGACGGCGCGGGGCGAGAGGAGGGAGGCGCGCGCGCGGGCGACGAGACGGGGACGCGAACCGACGCGGUGGCGACGGACGCGACGGAGGACGCGAUGGACGCGAUGGACGUGGUGCCGCCGCCGGCGGCGACGCGCGCCGAGGGCGAGGGCGAGGGCGAGGGCGAGGGCGAGGGCGAGGACGAGGACGAGGACACGGCGGUCGCCGCCGCGGAGGCGCCGGCGGUCGCCGCGCCCAAGCCUGUCGAGGCGGUGUGGGAAUUCAUAGCGGGGAACGCGAACGAACGCGUACAGUGAUACUAACAUGUGAUCACGUGAACUCA